ACAGUGAAAUGAUUAUCAUUGGUCAACUUGCAAUAAGCGCACGCGCUUUGACAGAGCUCCUAAUUUCGUGUCUUAAGCCUACUUAGCUUUUUAAAAAUUAAGAUGGAUGUUGGCGAAUUGUUGUCUUUUAAGCCAGCCAAAGAACCCAAACGCAGACAUCCAGAUGAUGAAGAUUAUGAUGAUAUACCUGAUGUUCGAAGUAAGUCUAGAAGGCUAUCUGGACUCCCAGAUCCAGCACAUAUUGAUAGAAGACAAUUAAAAACCUAUCCAACACCAGGAAUUCCUCAGAGUGUGGAUGUUGAAAAAGUAAUUUUAAGUAAGCAGAUUCCAGAUGAUGAAGAUUUAGAGACUGAAACACUGGAUGAGACAGCUCUGAAAAAGUUAAUUUUGUCAUUUGAGAAAAGAGUGUUGAAAAAUCAAGAACUUCGGAUAAAGUUUCCAGAUAUGCCUGAAAAAUUUAUGGACUCUGAGAUUGAGUUGAAUGAUGUCCUUCAUGAGAUGCAUGUUAUUGCCACUCAACCAGAUCUCUAUCAUAUAGUAGUUGAACUAAAUGCAGUUCCUAGUUUACUUGGCCUUUUGAAUCAUGAAAACUCAGAUAUUACUAUAGCUGUGGUAGAUCUCAUUCAAGAAAUUACAGAUGUUGAUGCACUUCAUGAGAGCCAAGAGGGUGCAGCCACUCUGAUUGAUGCUUUACUAGAUGGACAGGUUGUAGCAUUGUUAGUACAGAAUUUAGAAAGGUUAGAUGAAACAGUUAAGGAAGAAUCUGAAGGAGUCCACAACACCUUAGGCAUAGUCGAAAACCUUACAGAGCUCAAACCAGAUAUCUGUGCUGAAGCUGCUCAACAAGGACUUAUGCAGUGGCUUUUGAAAAGGCUUAAGACAAAGAUGCCCUUUGAUGCUAAUAAGCUAUAUUGUAGUGAAAUUUUAUCUAUUUUGCUUCAGAAUCAAGAUGAGAAUCGAAAAUACUUAGGAGAACUAGAUGGAAUUGAUAUUUUACUUCAGCAAUUGGCAUACUUCAAACGUCAUGAUCCUAACACAGCAGAAGAGCAAGAGAUGAUGGAAAACCUGUUUGAUUGUAUUUGUUCUUCACUCAUGUUUGCACCAAACAGGGAGAAGUUUCUGAAAGGCGAAGGGUUGCAGCUAAUGAAUUUAAUGCUUAGAGAGAAAAAGCUUUCUAGAAAUGGAGCCUUAAAAGUUCUUGAUCAUGCCAUGAGUAAUACAGAGGGAACAGAUAACUGUAAUAAGUUUGUGGACAUCUUGGGGCUUCGAACUAUAUUUCCACUUUUUAUGAAGACCCCUAAAAAAGGACAAAAAAAAGGUCUUUCUGGUGAAGAGCAUGAAGAACAUGUUUGCUCCAUAAUUUCAUCAAUGCUCAAGAAUUGUAAAGGUACACAGCGACAGAGGUUACUUAACAAAUUUACAGAAAAUGACCAUGAAAAGGUUGACAGACUGAUGGAAUUGCAUUUUAAAUAUUUGGAGAAGGUUCACUAUAUUGAUAACCAGAUUGAAAAAGAGAAGGCUGAAAUACGUUAUAAUGAUGAAGAAGUUGAUGCAUCAAUGGAAGAAGAAUUUUACCUUCGUCGAUUGGAUGGAGGACUCUUUACCUUACAGUUGAUAGAUUUUGUUAUGCUUGAUAUUUGUAGUUCAGGAUCUCCUUCUAUCAAACAGAGAGUGUUGCAAAUGCUGAACCUAAGAGGAGGCUCCAUAAAAACUAUCAGAAAUGUAAUGAGAGAGUAUGCUGGAAACUUAGGGGAUUCUGAGGAUUCUGUAACUAAAGAGUCAGAACAACAGUACAUCUUGCAGUUGGUUGACCGGUUUUGACCUGAACCAAAUGUCUUUUUAUUUGUACAUAGAGGAACAGCAGUGAGUUUUGUGUUGUUUAUAAUAUAUUGUUUUUAUAUACAGUUCAGUGUCAGAUUAAAUCCAGCAUAUUUCAUACCAAAAUGAAAAGCUUGUGACUGAUUCCUAUGAAAUAUUAAAAUGUUAUAGUGGAAAUUCUC